AUGAGAGACGAAGAACACAUUAAGCCUCCCGUGCGACUACUUUUGCCAUGUCGUGACGCCGUGUCCAUGACAACUUUGGCACAGGUGAGCGAAGGUGCCAGAGAGUCACGCAGCCCCACAGCUCACAAUACCAAGUCCACAAAGGCAAGCGUUCUCUUGAUACCAGAAUGUAGCCCUAAGAAUUUAUCGGCUGAUAUCGACUCCCAGUUCUCGGUCUCAUUAGGGAGGCCUCAUGACCUGGAGGCGCGAGGGUUCACGGAGCCCGAAGUUCUGAACGUGCCCAACACCGUCCAACUCCCCGGGGCGCCGCGAGACCCUGCCAUGAUGGAGGCGCGGAAGGAACUGGUCGAGAGAGUCAUCAACGCGUCGCUGGACAUCUUCCUGGAGAAGAGUCAGGAGGCGAUCAUAGCGGCCAUUUUCACGUCGCAGAGGAUGCAGAACGCGCUCAGGGCCUUUGAGCUGAGUCGCGGAGUCCAGCUGCCCACAGACGACGAGCUGGGACUCCUCAGUCGCAUCGUAUUAGCCGAGUGGAGGAGACAUCUGUUCAAUCUUACGGCUCGUUAUCAUGCUAUCAUCACGCGCAAUGCCCAUGGGUUUAAGACGGAGGAGAAAGAGCGAAGUGAAUUCUGGUCGAGUGAGCUGCCGCCGCCCCCCCUGCCCUGGACCUUCUGGACGGCGCUGCUCCACGUCUUCUGUCUUGUGUCCACGAUCGGUGGGUGUGAAAGUUCCUUAGAUAAGAGAUAG